AUGUUAGGGACACAGACUCCGGGCACGGGCAAUUGGGGGAAAUCGUUUGGGCAACGCACAGACAUGGAUAGUGUACCACUUUUUGAGCGUGAGCACCGCAACGACAGUCAGUUGGUACAACGUCUACAGAACGAACUAGCAGACGCUAAGCGAUUUGUGGAGGCACAAGCGCGGCGACAGAACGAUCUUGAGUAUGUGAACGAAGAUUUGGAGCGUCGUCUUGAACAGGAAGCGCUUGAGCGGAUUACAUUGGACGCUCAGAAGGCAGAGGAUGAAAAACGGUGGCAACGGGAGAAAGUUGCAUUGCAAGAGCAACUUCAAACGUGGGAAGCGCGAUUUGAGGAAGAAACUCGACGUCGUUCUAUGGCCGAAGAGAGACUUCGUCGGGCUGAGAAGGAGCUCUAUCGCAUGCAUCAGAAAAAAUAUGACAUUGAAAAGCAAGUGCGGCGUGAAGAGAGUGAGAAACGCAAACACGAGGCUGUUAUCACCCGACAGUCAAUCCGAAAGACGCUAAACCGGCGGCAGUACGCACGCGACAGGCGCUAUCUUCUGCUAUGGAUUUUUUGGGAGUUUGAAGAUGACCUUCACUCUCUGGUCAAGUCUCUUCAAAAGACGGGCUGGUUAGCGAAUCCGGGAAAUGGAAGCAGUGAAGAGAGUUUAAAUGAGUAG